AUGGAGGCUCCUGGCCUACAAAACACCCAAGACGACAUGCUUGGGUCACCAGCAGGAGAGGAUUCCCUCGAAGGGGAAAAGAAACCACUAAAGAAACAUCUGUUAGGAAAGCUUUUGACCUCUCUCGACACCGACAUUUCUUCUUCGAUUCAUUUUCCCGCGGUCUGCCCAGCUCUCGAGACCCCCACGUCAUCAGCAUCUGGAAGUGCGCGGCUAUCUUUCAUCCCGUCUGUUAAUCCAGUUUCCUUUCUCUCCACGGCAGCGACGCCUCUUUCUGCCGAUCAAAGCCCAACGAACAACGGUAGCCGCACUGGGCUGCCGACCGUGGCCAUUUCAUCUGUAUGUACUCCGUCGACGUGCGCUUCUCAGUCUUCCCCGCAUUCUGUUGUCUCCUCGCUAAGGGCCUCCGAAGAGGCUGACCUCUCUCCCAACAGUGCCGAGAGUGUUUCUUUUUCGCCUCUUACUUCGUCGGCAACUGCUAGACGCUCUCACGAUGCCGAUGACAUCCGGAUCGCGCCGUCCGAGUCAAAACCCGACGGCGUCGGUGGAAGAAAGGAUGUGUCCGUCGAACACGGAUCGACUCCAGAAACCACGGGACUUAGAGAGGAAGGAGCCGUGCCCAGUGUUCCAGUAGGUGAUUCAGGUACAGGAUCGGUGGAGCUGUGGUGUAACAACCACGAGAGUGGAGAUAAAGGCGGACAAGAUACAGAAGAACUUACAGAAACGAUUCCUCCGAAAGCUGCCGGAAAUGGUCCGGAAGCAGAGGUGAAGCUCCACUGGAGACCGUGCGAGUCAGUGAUUCCACGGAACGAGAAGCCUUUCGGGAAGGACCUCACGCCAAUGGAGCUUCCGAAAAGUGUGCAAGCUUCUGAAUUGCUGUUGGACGAUGUUUCAGCGUCGCGCUCCUCAAACGCAUCCACACUGCCUUUGAAGCAGCCGGAUCCUGCUAUCGCCUGUCUCCCUGCUUGUUCUGAAUCCGCAACCUGUCCCACUGCGGCUUCUGCCAGCGCCUCUUCGACGGGUUGCCCUCUGAUACCGGAGGGACUUGAUUCAGCCGAUGUCUUCUUAUCCUCGGCGGCUUCGUCUGCUGGCGAUCUUCCGUGCCACGAGAAGGAAGCCUCUGACCUUCCUCGGAGAGCAAGCGUGGGGACGGGUUCGUCGGCAGCACCAAAUUCCUCCUCUGAGUCGUCUCCGGCUCCUCAAAUAGCCACGGGAGGUUCACCGGACCCACUUCGCUCUGCGUCGGGCAUCCUUCGUGUCGAUGGUUCGGCUUUGCGCUGGUCGUCUCUCCUCUGCACAGAGACCGAGGCGGGUCCGCCGUCGCCUCUCGCUUUCCGCGACUCUGCCGUGGCUGCGGACUGUGUUUCCCCGUCAUCUUCUUCCCCGUCAAUCUCGCUCCGGGCGUCGAAACUCCGCCCUCGAGCAACCCCACCUCCACAGCCUUCCUCGCUUUUGCCGAGCGCGCCGCCUUCGUUCUCUGCCUCCCUGCCGCACGACGUAGCCGCGCUGCCAGCGGCUGGGGGGAGAAAGGGAGGUGAAGCUGGUAGUGUUCAUGGAGGUCCGCUGCGGUCGUCGUCCGCUCCCCGUGACUUCAGUGGCAUGAAGGGCGUGCUGGCGCCUGCAUCUGUGAAGGAAGUGCCGCCACGUCCGGCAACUGGUUUGUCUGCAACGCGCACGAUAUCGCGCAAAGGCGCUCCCGAUUUUAGGUUGCAGCUGCUUGCAAGGUCACCAGCGCGAGAGACAGCUGUCCAGCAGAGCGGCGCACCUGCGGUCGUCGUGAAGAGCGAGAGAACCCCCCCGAGGGCCGAGAAGACCUCUUGCACUGCAUCUCGCCGGUCGGAUGAGGGGUUGUUUGCAGUCAAAGGCGACGUAAAAGGGGCUGGUCAGAGUGGCGAAGAGGAGGACGAAGUGGUCCGGCUUCACCGGCUCGAUGUCUUGAGGCAUUCCCAUGAUAGAACGACUGUCGAGCUGUACAAACUGGAGAAGGGACGUUUGGUCGAGGAGCUGGUGCGCAAGGCCAAGAGAUACCCGAAAGUCCCCGGAGUCUACUUCGACCGCUACCAGCAACGAUGGUGCGUGAACUGGACAGAAGGCGGGCGACGGGUUGCACGAUAUUACCCUGUGAAGGUUCACGGCUUCGACGUCGCGUACCAAUUGGCGGUCAACUGCAUGUUGUCAAAGAAGCCACUCAGCGCAGCGGUAACAGGACUCGCUGGCGCGGCUGGGAGAGCUGGGAGUGCCCCGGCCUUGCCCAUGUCCACGUCUCCGGGCGACGCCCAUUCAAGUCGCUGUACGCCGGUAAACUCGCCACUGCAUGCCCUUCGCAGCCGCGAUGCCGCUCAGCGGUUGGCGGCAGCUGCAGGAACUCGCGCAAAACCAGACCGGGCCAGCAGCAUCAGUCGGAGGGAAACGGAUUCCGGAGAUUUGAGGAACUCAGACGCCCCUCUUCCUGUGCCCGCAGCUGUCGAGGCGAUGCUUUGUCAGGACGCGCAGGAGAGUCUUCUCGGGAUGGCGGCGAAUCAGGCAGGUUUCCCGGGCGAUCUCAGAGGCCGUUCUCCAGCGAGCUCAGGUGUGUCUCCGGAAGAGCUGAAUUCGCCGCUCGGUGCCUUGAUGCUGCAGCAGCAACUGCUGGCUGCAAAUUCAGGGAAUGCUCUGGGGGGGGCUCUGCAGGAUCUCUCUGGCCUUGCCAGCCUAGAGGGUUCGGACCUUGUUUCGACUUGGCUCCACUAUCAGCGCCUAGCCCGACUUCAGCAGCAGCAACAGCUCGCCGCAUUCUUCAGCUCAAUGCCGGCGGCUCUGGGUGUCUCCCGAAGUCCUCUCGAGUUUCUUCUUUCUGGGGCAAAGAACGAGGCGCCUUGUGCCGAUGUGUCCCAUGGGCUCUCGUCGCCUGAUCCGCCGACAGCGCUGGACAGUCUCUCAGCUAGCGAUGCUCCCGCUCCGCAGACAGGACUCCCCGGUGUCCCCUCGGCUUCAGGAUCCAAAGGAGGAGGCGUGUCGACGUCGACACUCGCCGCGCUGCUGGCUUCGCCUGGCGUGCAGCCGUCAAGCCUUUCAGCCCUUCUUCCCGCCCUGGAUGUCGCCGCGGGGGCUUUCUCAGGCAAACGGGGACACCCGAUCGCGACUCUGGAGUCGAUGUGGCUCGCGGCCUCCGGCUUGGAGACAGCCGCGGAUGCGGUGGCUGCGGCGGCGUGGCUGGACGGCGCCAAGGCCCGGGGGGAUGCAGGCGCCGCAGAAAAUCAGAGAGGCCGCCGGCCUCCGGAAGCACUGCAACAAGCAGCCGCUGGGCACGUCUCAGAGAGGGGAGCACUGGACUUGGAGGACGCUGGCACGCUGGGAAAGGACGGAGGAGAAGCGCCCACCCUGCAAACGGCCCCGUGUCAACCUGCCCCGUCAGACGGGACUGCGCUUGCGGGCCUUCUCGCAUCGGUGGCCAUGUCUCCAGGCGAGGCAAAUUCCGGGGACGCGAGCGGCGAUGCGUCGAGUAAGCCUGAGCCCGAAUCGGACUCCGAGUCUCCAGACCGCAAGCGGCGUCGCCGACACUCCGGACCUUCCGAACUCGUGCGCUCUACGUCUUCGCUUCUCGAGAGUGACAUGCAAGUGCAGAAUGAAAGCUCGGGGCGAACCGGUGGAGCCGAGAUAGAGUUUGGUGUUUCGGGGCAUGCCUGCGAGACAACGACUCCAGUGGGGACGUUGCAAAGUGGGGAGACGCGUGAGAUCUCUUCACUUGCUCAGGCUCGUGGCGAGCUGUCCCAGAGAUCGGUAGUCGGUGAAGGCUGUGUCAGUGGCGAGGUGGCAUGUGGCCACCAAGGGAUGUCCACGGAUACGGGAACGGAGUCCGCCGGUCCCCGUGCAGAGGGACACGAGGACGCAGCUGUUCGUAAGCCACUGGGAUCGGUUGAUGGUGAACGGCAGCGGGGGAUGAUUGGAGAAGAGCCGGCUGAAGGCACGGCUGGGGCGGCACACACGUCCGGGGCCCGACACACACCCGAGCAGCUGGGUCUUCGCACUGCCUCUGGAGAGCGAAGCAGGGAGGCGAAAGGGAGUGGGGAGACGGAGAUCGAAGGAGCGCUCGACCAGCCGGGUGUAAGAACCGUCAGCGCCUACAAGACUGACAGCGCGAGGUCAACCACGUACGUUGAAGACGCGGGUGACUUGAGAGGAAAGAUGCUGAUGGACUUGACGCGAAUGUUCUUGCUCCCGUCAAGUCCGUCAUGUCUUUCCAGCGAACAGGGACGCAGUAGUUCGAGGAAGACAGGAGAGGGGGGCGAAUCACCAACCGAGCUUUGGAAGCAGAGCGAAACUGAAGGGGUCAGAACAGUAGAGAGAGCAAAUGCACUAGCGCUGCUAGAGGCGUUUAGGGGAGGCAACGCCCGGGGCACGGGUGAUUUGGCGCCUGAGGCGUUGUCAAAACCGUCAGAGGCACAGCCGCUUAGUGGGCGAUCCCAGGUGGGGACAGCCGAGCAAGACACUGAGAGAGAGGGAGUGCUCGCGACGGGCGAGAAUACAGAUGUCGUCUCAAGCCCCCCUGCCUCGCUUGACGUCUUUACUCACUCAGUCUACGAAAGUGAAGCGUACGAUCCGGAGCUUGACAAACUCCUGACGAGUCAGCCAGCGAAAGAUUUAGUGCGGGAGGCUCUGAAGAUGCCACGCGUCCCGGGUGUCUGGUUUGACCGCGCGCAGCUUCGCUGGGCUUGCAACUACAAAGAUAGCAGUGCCUUCGCCUCGGCGGCGUCAUCGCCGUCUUCUGCAGAACGGUUGCCGGGACUGGCGAAACGAAGAGCGCAGUAUUUUCCCGUUAAAGAGCACGGAUUCCUUCGCGCUCGCUUGCUCGCGAUCCAGACCCGGCGCCGCAUGGAGUCGACUUACCGGCAGGCUGCCGCUGCGGCUCUGGCCUCGAGUCUCAGUAAACAUGAUCGCAGCCUGCUGGGUGGCAAAGAGGCCACGCGCUUUCUGGAAGUGGAUCCAGGAAUGCCCGCUGCCGGAAGGGACGAGGAUGCAGGAGACAGCGGUUCAGGCCGUCCCCGAGCGGGGUCUGUUGCACCCAAGGGGGCCCAUGUGAAGAAGCGAGCAGCAGAUGGAGGGGCGGAUAAGAGUCCAGCCGGGGGCGGCAGGUCAGGUCGACGUCAAAGCAAAAAAGUGGAGACGCCAGGAUCGUGGACAGGCGCGUCACAUCUACCCGAGGUGUCGCCGACAUCCUCUCUUGCCUCUCUCUGCUCGACUCCGGUGGCGCGUCGACUCCACGGUGGAGGCCAUGGUGCAGCGGCGACCGAGACAGCCGCGUCUACGUGCCCCACCUUCCCCGCCGCGCUCCUUCGCGGGCUGGAAUCAGGCACUGCUUCGUGCGUUGGAGGGCUGGCGGGAGCCGAGGCCGGCAGCUAUGGAGCUGGUGCGCAGGCCGCUGCUCUGGCGGGCUUGCUUGCGGCGUCUUCGCUCUCCGAUUCCCCUCUUCCUGGAGGCGUCUUGGGCGUAGGGACACGUUUUCCGUCCGAGGUCGCAGGGCUCGCUGCGGGGGACGCCUCGGGGAUUUCACCGGAAACCGCCGCUGAGGCGGGGUUGCGUCGCCGGCCGCUGCUGCCUGAGGGUGGGGCGGUCGCUUCUGUCAGCGGUGUUGCUUCGUCUGCCGGUUCCUUGCCGCGAGGUGGACCUAUCCCGGCGACUCCGCCUAAAGGUGGAGCGAACGAGGUCUGCGGUCUCACGCCCGCGACUCCGUAUCUGCUCUCCCCGUCUGCGCAGUCUUCUCUUCUCGCUGCCACAUUUCCGCCUGCAUCUUCCGCUCAGGGGAGUGCGCCGUCCGCCCCAUACUCGAAUGUGGUUGGCCACCAGCUGUUGGUGCUGCAGAAGGACGCCAUCCACUAUAUUCUCGAAGAUCUUCGUCACAACUGUCUGAGUCUGUUUCAGUCAGUUCUACCCCCCGCGCUUUUCCACACCUGGUCUUUCCACCUGAUCAGACAUGCUCAGCGCGUUGACAGGGCCCAGACGUUUUCUGAAGUCGAGCCGUUCCUCGGGGUUUUCGUCGACUGCAUUCGGUCCAAAAAGAUGCCAAGUCAGCUCUCGCCUUCCGUUCAGCUCCAGCUCGUCCGGCUUGCCUCCGCCCUGGACAGCGUUUUGGAGACGGCCGAGGUAGGCACAGCCGCAGCGGUUCCGGCCCUUGAACAGGCAGCGGAGGCUUGCCGGAAGGCGGCAGAGGAAGCGCAAGGCGGAGCGGCUGGCGGCGAGGAAGAAGUGUCUCAAGCGAAAACAGAACACGCAUUAAAAAUGACAGAGGACCAGGACGUGGAGGCAGCACGGGAAGGACACAAUGAAGGACACGAGACGAAAGUCAACUUCCCGACCUCGCGUGAUGGAUUGGAAGGUGACGCAGUCGCUCGGAACGACGAGGACGCGCCAGGAGACAACGCGGCGGGGACGGUGUCCAUGGAGCCACGCCAGCUUCAAGAAGGCCUCGCGAGUUAUUCAGAUUUGAGUCUGGUGACAAAGGCUGGGACACCAUGUGGCCAAAGUAGGGAGAGCGUAAACGAACAUGGAGGCGGCCUUUCACUCCUUAAUUUGGCCCUCCUCUCCUCCCUCGGGGGAUCGCCCCUGACGAUGCCAGGAGAGUUCCUGGGCUUGACAUCAGGACGAGAAGAAUCGCCAGAAUCUCGAGGGCAGAUGAGCGACGUGACAGCAUCUUCUGGCCUUGUUAAGGACGGCGAGAGAGAUCCACGUGCUUCUUCUGUCGCCCAGAGCACAAACCCAGACGCUGUCUUUAACUCUUUCCUCGGGCAGGGGGAGACGGGCAUGCUUUCAUGA